CACCAAUCUGGGCCGCCUGGUUAAGGACAUGAAGAUCAAGUCCUUGGAGGAGAUCUACCUGUUCUCCCUGCCCAUUAAGGCGUCUGAGAUUAUUGACUUUUUCCUGGGUGCAUCUCUAAAGGAUGAGGUUCUGAAAAUCAUGCCAGUGCAGAAGCAGGCUCGGGCUGGCCAGCGAACCAGAUUCAAGGCUUUUGUCACUAUUGGGGACUACAACGGCCACGUUGGUCUUGGUGUUAAGAGCUCCAAGGAGGUAGCCACUGCCAUCCGAGGGGCCAUCAUCCUGGCCAAGCUUUCAAUCGUCCCAGUGCGGAGAGGCUACUGGGGGAACAAGAUUGGCAAGCCCUACACUGUGCCAUGCAAGGUGACAGGCCGCUGUGGCUCUGUGCUGGUGCGUCUCAUCCCCGCCCCCAGAGGCACUGGCAUUGUCUCUGCUCCUGUGCUCAAGAAGCUACUGAUGAUGGCUGGUAUGGAUGACUGCUACAUUUCAUCCAGGGGCUGCAAUACCACCCUGGGCAACUUUGCCAAGACCACGUUUGAUGAGAUCUCCAAGACCUCUAGCUACUUGACCCCUGACUUCUGGAAAGAAACUGUGUUCACCAAGUCUCCUUAUCAGGAAUUCACUGACCCUCUGUGAAAACCCAUACCAGAG